AUGGCUGCUAUAAUAGCCCAGCUGGAUGCUUCUUCCACCUUUUACCGGUGUACUUAUGAUGUGUUCUUGAGUUACAGAGGCAAAGAUACACGCAAGGGGUUUACGGAUCACCUCUACAGGGCUUUGGAGCAGGCUGGAUUCCACACCUUUAGAGACGAUGAUGAGAUCAAGAGAGGAGCAAACAUUGCAGCUGAGAUACAGAGAGCAAUACAAGAAUCACAAGUAUCAAUAAUUGUCUUCUCAAAGAACUACGCUUCCUCAACAUGGUGCUUGGAUGAACUUGUGAAGAUCAUGGAACGUAGAAAAGCUGAUGAUGGACUCAUGGUGAUGCCAGUUUUCUAUGAUGUGGAUCCAUCCCAUGUUAGGAAGCUGACUGGUAGUUUUGCAAAUGCAUUUUCUGGACAUGAAGAGCACUUCAAGGAGGACAUUCACAAGGUGGAGGAGUGGAGAAGAGCUCUUAGAGAUGUAGCAGAUCUGGGAGGGAUGGUCUUAGGAGAUCGGUACGAGUCGCAGUUUAUCCAAAAUAUUGUUGAAGAGAUUGAAAAUAAACUGAAUCACACAACACCGAACAUUGCUCCCCAUCUGGUUGGAAUAGAUAAUCGUGUGCGAGGCAUAAACAUGUGGUUGAAGGAUAGAUCAAAUGAUGUUGGUGUAGCUGUUAUCUAUGGGAUGGGUGGAGUUGGCAAAACCACCAUCGCCAAAGCUGCUUAUAACCAGAACUUUGAUAAAUUUCAAGGUAGCAGCUUUCUUCCAGAUGUUAGAGCAGCUUCAGAACAACCGAAUGGUUUGGUUUGCUUGCAAAGAAAACUUCUUUCGGAUAUCCAAAAAGGGAAAACGAAGAAAAUAUACAGCAUAGAUGAAGGAAUGAGCAAGAUCAAACUUCUUGUGCGUUGCAAAAGGGUUCUUAUAGUCCUUGAUGAUGUGAACCACUCUGAGCAAUUCAAUGCAAUUCUUGGAAUGCGAGAAUGGUUUCAUCCAGGAAGUAAAAUUAUCGUAACAACUAGACAUGAAAAUCUGUUAAAUGAUCAUGCAGUUCAUGCAAUGUUUAAGGUUAAAGGAUUAGGUGAGGGUGAAUCACUGGAGCUUUUCAGUUGGCAUGCCUUCAAACAAGCGCAUCCUAUCAAAGGUUACAUGAACCUUUCAAGAUCUGUAGUACAACACUGUGAAGGCCUUCCACUAGCUCUCCAAGUUUUGGGAUCUUCUCUAUUUAGAAAAAGUGUAGAUCUAUGGCAAAGUGCAUUACAGAAGUUGCACGUGAUUCCUGAUGACAAGAUUCAAAAGAUUCUUAGAAUAAGCUUUGAUUCUCUAAAAGAUGAUCAUGACAGGAAUUUAUUCCUUCAUAUUGUCUGUUUCUUCAUAGAAAAGAAGAUGGGUUAUACAAUUACAGUACUAGACAAUUUAAAUUUUUACACAGGGAUUGGAAUUCAAAAUCUAGUUGAUAGAUGUCUAGUGGAAAUUGAUGUAGACAACAGGUUGAUCAUGCAUCAAUUACUUAGAGACAUGGGAAGGGCAAUUAUUCGUGAAGAAUCACCCGAGGACCCUGGAAAGCGUAGUAGAGUGUGGCAUAAAGAUGCCUCUGACGUUUUGAGAAAAUUAACUGGAACAGAAACUAUUAAGGGCCUCAUGCUCAACCUUCCUAGCAAGGCAAUAUUUAGUACAAGUAACCAAAAGCGGUGCCAUGUUGAAGACUUUGAUGGAAAUUGUUCAAGACGACGUCGACUUGGUUACUUCUCUUGGAUAUCAAUUAACUCUUCCUCAACAAAUUCAGCUGCUGCAUCAAAUGAGGUAGACUUCAAGGCAGAGGCAUUUAGAAGAAUGCACAAUCUUGAACUGCUCCUGCUCGAUAAUGUAAAAGUCAGUGGAGAUUAUGAAGAUUUUCCAAAAAAAUUAUUAUGGUUGUGCUGGCCAGGAUUCCCUUUAAAAUCAAUACCAGAAAAAUUUUAUUUGGAAAAUCUAGUUGGUCUUGACCUGCGAAAUAGCAGCCUACAACAUGUUUGGAAGGGAACCAGGUUUCUUCUAGGACUGAAAAUUCUUAAUCUCAGUCAUUCACAUAGCCUUGUGGCAACCCCCGACUUCUCAGGAGUCCCUAACCUUGAGAAAUUGAUUCUUAAAGACUGCAUAAAUUUGGUUGUGAUUGAUGAAUCCCUUGGAAACCUAGAGAAACUCAUCUUCUUGAAUCUAAAAGACUGCAGUAGUCUCAUGAAGCUUCCAACAAGAAUUAGCAUGUUGAGAUCUCUUCAGGAACUUGAUCUUUCUGGGUGCUCAAAGCUUGUGGUUCAUACCAGUACGACUGCUGCUAAUCACUUACACUCUACAACUAGAGUUAGGAAGAAAUUAAAUAUGUUUUCAGAAAAAAUAUGGCAAUCAAUAUGGUCGUGGAGGUCAUGGGUAUCAGCAAGAAAUAAGCUUGAAUCAGCCAGAUUGUCUAUGGAAAUCUGGCCACAUUGCUUAGGAACUUUAAGUCUGGCUGACUGCAAUCUGUCAGAGAUUCCUGGUGAUCUUAGUAUCUUGUCCUUGUUGAAGCAUUUGAAUCUAAGUAGAAACCCAAUUCUGAGGCUACCAGAAAACAUGAACGGUCUUAUUAUGCUCCAGACUCUUGAGAUACAAGGUUGCGCAAAGCUACGCACUCUUCCAAAGCUCCCACGGAGUCUAAGAAAAUUGCAUGCAAGUUAUUGUUCAUCACUGGAAAGAAUAUCGAAUCUACCAAACAUGUUUGAAUCAUUGGAUUCAAGUCUUUGGAAAUGCAAGAAAUUGGUUGAAGUUCAAAGCUUGUUCGAUAUAAAACCGUUGAAAAGGGUUGACAUAGAAAUGAUCAGGGAUAUGUGCCUGUUUAAUUUGGAAUCCACUGGUGUAAGUACUGAGGUUGAAAUUACCAACUUCCUGACAUGUACAACAAGGAAUGGGCCCCUCCAGGGUCUGUAUGAAUGUGGCAUAUUUAGUAUUUUCGUUCAUGGAAACAAGAUUCCAGAUCGGUUCACCUACAGGAGCAUGGGUAAAUCUGUUUUGUCUGUCAUUCUACCUUCACAUUUUAAUCUCAAGAUCCGAGGCUUAAAUAUAUGUGUUAUUUGCAGCAGGUCUCCCAAAAAGAACCAAGACAUGCUAUGGCUAAGCCACUGGCGGUUUGAAAAUGAUGAAUUGGAGGAAGGAGAACAAGUACAUGUUUCGAUAAAUGAGGAAUUUAGUUUCUGGGCAAAGGAGUUCUGUAUCCAGCUUGUGUACGAGAAGGACCCAUCAAAUAGUGAAGAUAUAAUAAUCCAACAGGAAACACCUCCUUCGAGCCAGAUUGCUGCUGGUGGAAAUGUGUCAGCAUCAGCGUCUAAGUAUCAAUUCUGGACGGGCAAAUACUUUCUAUGUAACCAUCGGGCUCGUAUUCAUCAACAUCAAUUCUCUCGGAGGCAGACGAACCCAUCUUAUCUUGAACAUUACAAGCCCGAGACGGAUACCUUUCAUUACUUAUUUGAUCAAGAUGUUCAUCCUCAGGACAAUCAUUCCAUCUAUUCGGAAGAAUCUUAG